GGCUCUGUGAGGAGGAGGAGAAGAGGCGGCGCCGCGGCGGCUUUGGCCCGGCCCUUCGGGGUGGGCCCCGGGCCAGCCCGUCCCCAGCUGCCGCCCCCGCCGCGCCGGCAGAGCUGGCAAGUUCCUGCCUUUCGCGCCCAGCCCCAGACGCGGCUCGGUCUCUCCGCGGCAGGUCCAUGCAUUGUAAGUGCCUUUCUGAAGUCACUCGUAGAAGAAACAAUUCGUCUGCUUUUUUCCAGAACGAUUUCUCUGCCAGCUCUUACCUUAUGUGUCAUCUGCAGCAGUUUGCCAGCCACUUGAUGCAAAACUGACUCCUGCAUUUACAGAGCCUGAGGAAAAUAUUAGUUUGGGCAUGAAAACUGCUGAAUGUGUAGCUCUUUCCGUGUAAUCAAUGCCAACAAAGAGGACACAGUGGGCUAAAAUGUUGUUGAGGAGUGCCAUUGCAUGAAAAUAAAACUUGCUUAACAAAACGGUGUCAACAAAACCAUCGAGGGACUCACAUUUUCUACAGCCAGAAAUGCUCCCGAGCAUGAAUAUUGUGCAGCCAAAAGUCUACAAGUGGCACAUAUUGAUUGAUGAUUGACAUGCUUGCUGAUAAAUAGUUCUCUCAUUCAGCUUCGUGCGCAUUGGACUCUCUGAAGCAUUUAUUACAUCAUUGCUGCAAGGAGCUAUUCACAUUGAAAGGGUUUCCCUGAGUUGUUGGAAUUCAUAACUCGAGGUGAUUUCAUUAACAGCAACUCUCAAAAUCUAAAUCAAUUGUACACCAUGGCUUUGAAUGUUGCUCCUGUAAGAGAUACAAAAUGGCUGACAUUAGAAGUGUGCAGGCAGUUUCAGAGAGGAACUUGUUCACGCUCUGAUGAGGAAUGUAAAUUUGCACAUCCACCCAAAAGCUGCCAGGUUGAAAAUGGAAGAGUUAUUGCCUGCUUCGAUUCCCUAAAGAGCCGUUGCACAAGGGAGAACUGCAAAUAUCUUCAUCCACCAACACAUUUGAAAACGCAGCUAGAAAUUAAUGGAAGGAACAACCUGAUCCAACAGAAAACUGCAGCAGCAAUGCUUGCACAGCAGAUGCAAUUUAUGUUUCCAGGAACGCCUCUUCAGCCAAUGCACUCAUUUCCUGUAGGGCCAACAAUAGGACCCAACACAGCACUUAGCUUUGCACCAUAUUUAACACCCGUCACUUCUGGGGUUGGAUUAGUUCCUACUGAAAUUGUCCCCACGCAGCCUGUCAUUGUUCCUGGAAGCCCCCCUGUCUCAGUCCCUGGUUCAACCACGACCCAGAAACUCCUCAGGACCGAUAAGCUAGAGGUUUGCAGGGAGUUCCAGCGAGGAAACUGUGCACGGGGCGAAACUGACUGCCGCUUUGCACAUCCUGCAGACAGCACAAUGAUUGAUACAAAUGACAACACCGUAACUGUUUGUAUGGAUUACAUAAAGGGGCGCUGCAUGAGGGAGAAAUGCAAAUAUUUUCACCCUCCUGCUCACUUGCAGGCCAAAAUCAAAGCUGCUCAGCACCAAGCCAACCAGGCUGCAGUGGCAGCUCAGGCAGCUGCUGCAGCUGCUACAGUGAUGACUCAGUCGACUGCCAAAGCAAUGAAGCGACCUCUCGAAGCAACUGUAGACCUGGCCUUUCCUCCUGGUGUUCUUCACACUUUACCAAAGAGGCAAGCCCUUGAGAAAAGCAAUGGGGCCAGUGCUGUUUUUAAUCCCAGUUUCUUGCACUACCAACAGGCUCUUGCUAAUGCACAGUUGCAGCAACAUGCAGCGUUUAUUCCAACAGAUAAUCCUGAAAUAGUCAACAGGAAUGGGAUGGAAUGUCAAGAGGCCUCGAUGAAGACAGCAAAGCAUUGUUACUGUACAUACUACCCUGUCUCUUCAAUAGAAUUGCCACAAACUGCAUGCUGAGUAAAGAGUUUGUUCGUCUGGACAAAUCACAAAAACACUUAAAGAGCUAGUGCUGCUAUAUCAUAAAAUGAAUAUUAAAUAUGGUAUGCUUAGUAUAUUCCAAACUAAUCUAGUUAACUAUCUGAUGCCAGCUGUGAUGGUUCAAGACUUAAAAAAAAGAAAGGGUAACAUUUUACUUUUAAAGGUUUUAUACAGCACCGUUUACUUCUUAGAAAUAUCGUCUUACCGCCAUGAUUAUAGCUAAUGUAAGUAGUCCUAUUCAUAUAUUAUUGUAGGGUUCACAACUUUAUGAAUCUUUCAAUGUUAGCAAUAAAUGAUUUACAUUGGCCACUAAGCCCAAGGUCCAGAGAACCACUUAACUAGCUCCACGUGGCCCCCGGCCACUUCGCAGGGCAAACUGCUUCGGAAAUUGUGGAGAGUUCCCAAAGCUGUAGGUGAGACGGCAAAGGGGGUUUUCCUGCUCAAAGGAAGUGUGUGUGUGGGGGGGGGGAAUCAAAGGCCCCUGCUGAGCACAUGCAAGCCCUCGGGUGCCCACCCCAGUCACCCUUUGGAUCUUGGCCAAUCUUCACCAACUGCAGACUUAACUUUUUAACCCUUUGACCACUUUGUACUCUCUUAAAAAAGCUCACUUCUCUACUAGGCAGUUGAUGCCAAGGCAAAGGAGGUGAUGUGAAAGCCGAACCCUGUAUUCCUGAACAUCACCCGUUAAAAGCUCCAAGGCAAAGCACAAAUUGCGGAGAUGCACACGAGCUGAUUUUGGGCAGGUGCGGAGAAGCUGUACUGGAAUCGUGGCAUUCUAGAACUAAAUUAAACCUUUGCACAGUAUGGUUUCCAUACCCCAAACAAAGUCUUGACUAUGUUAUUUUACAAAGAGAGAGGAUAUUUUUUAAAAUAAAGCCUUUGCAAAAGUGCCUAAAUUUUGCCACAUCAGACUUGAAACUAUGUGACACUGAUGUCUAUAAUUGAAUUUACACCAAGUGAUUAAGCUUUCAGAUUUGCAAUCAGGUUACCAAAAAUAAGAACUUGUUAUGAAAUAACUUCUUCCCAAUUAAAGAAAUGGGUCUAUAGGUGAAAAGAUAGCAAGAUAUUCUAAUUUAACUCAAAAUGGAAUCAUUGAAACUGAGUCAUUGAAAAAACUAAUAAGUGACUUUAAUCUAGAUGACUAGGAGAAUACUGAACAAAAUGUAGAGAGAGCUUCAGUUUAAUCCAUUGUUACUGUUGCCGUAUUUUUAAAAUCAGGUUUAAGAAGUUGUAACCGGAUUACAGCACAGAGAAAGAAACUAGUUCUUUUAACCUUUUUUUCUUUAAAAGCUUAUUUUAUGUCACAGAACUAUGAAGAUAUCUUUAAUACAGCUAUAUACAUAUUAUAUAUACACAUACAUAUAUAUGGACAAAACAGAUUUUAAUGUUUACUUUUUUAAAAACUGUGUUGAUUUACAAGGUAAUUAUAUACAUUUGAUUAAUGUAGGAGGUUUGUUUUUAAGAUUUGUUUCCUACACUGUUGUACCAAAUAUGUCACAUUUCACAUUUUAUAUGUUGCACAUAUAUCAGACAAGUACAUAGUUUUUAAAUUAUUGUUUAUAAAACAAAAAAGCAGCUGUUCUAUGGAAAUAUGUAUAAUUGUUUGAAACAUCUGUUUUUUUCCAUGUGAACAUUAUAAAUGAUUGCAGUAUUUUAACUUAGACUUUUCAGAUUGAUUCUAAGCUACUUAGCUCUGGCGGCACUGCCUACUCAGAAAGACCAGAAGCACUAAUUGAUUUUUUUGUUAAUGAAAUUAUUUUUCAGUGUUAAUCUUGCUUUUCAAAUGUCUAAUACCUGUUUAUAUUCAAACGAUAGCUUCGAUUACCUAAAAGAAGGGGGGGGGACAAAGAACCCAAAAUCUGAUGGUAAACAUAGUGUUUGUAAUCUUGCAAUAGUUUUAAUUUGUGAGGAAUAUGUAUUUCUUUUAUCUUUACUUGUAAAUUUUCUCAGAUGUUUAACCUAGGUUGAGAAUAUGGCCGUUUACCUACAUCUGUAGUUUGGGUUCUUUUUUUCUUUU